GAUUUAUUCCUUCUUUAAUUCUUUACCUCUUUGUAUGGAAACUUUCUCCUGCACAUCUUCUCCUUGUUCAUCACCAUCAUCGUCUUCUUCUUCUUCUUCUUCUUCUUCUUCUUCUUCUAUAAUGUCAUGUUUUACGGGAGAAAAGGCUAGGGAGUUGUGUUGCUUUGCCAUUUCAAAGUUUAUCACUAAAUUGUUAUACGCCAUCGCCAUCUUCAUAUUUGCAGUAGCGGGAGCAACCUUUGGAGCCAUUUUGGGAGCUAUAGUAGGGAUAAGAACGAACACUGGGUGUCUCUAUGGAGCUACUGUUGGAGCUACUAAAUGCAGUCUUCUCUUGCCCAGGCUCUUUACACUUUCACUUUCUCUGUGGAGAACUUCUGAUGAUAUUGAAAUCAGGCAUCUCCUUCAACGGGUAAACAUCAUUAUCUGCUUAAGUGCGCCGGUCACUUCAAUUCCCCCUUUCCCUUUUUUCUUUUUUUCAUUUCCGGCCAUGCAAUGAUAACGCAUUGUUUGUGAGUGGGACAGUGGUCCUUGAAUGCUCUUCUUGUUUUUGUGUCCAUCCACGUAAAGAAACAACACAGAGUCACCCAUUAAAAAACACUUAGUCACAGAGUCAUCGUGUCACUGAGGCAGAAUACAUAGAAGAUGGAAAGGACAUAUGUUAAUAUAUAUUUUGUACUAUUUCGUUAGGUGGCUGCGUUUUAUCCCAGAAACAACGCGGAAUCUAGGAUUAAGGUCGCCGGGUUUUCGAUGAUAGCUUCGUUCCGGCGGAUUCAGGAGAUUGGAAUCACAGAGGAAAACAUCUUAGAUUCAUCACGGAACAGAAUCUCCUGUUCAAUUUGCCUUCAGGACUUCUCAGUUGGAGAAAAUGCUAAGUGCUUACCACAAUGUCAACAUAUGUUCCAUCAAGCAUGCAUAGAGAGGUGGCUCAUAGGGAAAAGGUCGUGUCCACUUUGCCGGCGAAAUUUGUAACACUCGAUGUGGGAUUUAUACUUUUGUAGGGUAGGCACUAGGUAUGCAAGUUGCAGGGCGAGACAGAGAAUGAAUUUCAUUUUCGAUUCAGAACAGAAUGUAUUUUCCGUGCGCGCCCCAUCACCAUUCCUCUUGGUUUCCACGACAAGAAAGAUAAUUUUUUUUUUAGGAUUUACAAUCUCUCAUUGUUUAAAUAGAAUUAGUUGUUUGCCAAUUGUCUCCUGUGGCCCAAUGAUCCCACUUUUCUUUGGAAAGCAAAGUAGUGAUAUUUUUUGUGAUAUAAAUUUUGAGUUUUAAA